AUGUUCCUGAAUGUAGCUUCAAAGAUAAUGGCUUUCUCACAGCAAGGACCACGCACUGUUUGUGUUCUAUGUGCUAAUGGUGCCAUCCGCGAUGUCACCCUUUGUCAACAAGCAAUGUCCUGUGGCACAGUAACUUAUGAGGGCCGAUUUGAAAUCAUCUCUGACAGGCAGCGUCACCCCGUACAGGUCGUGGUGGAAAGCUUUAUUGCCGAUGGGAAACCCCCGAAGUCUUGGCCACAUUCUGCACCACCUCCGAACAUGUUGAACCUUGGUGCUCCAGUAACCGUAGGCAGUCCUUCCCUAGGUGCCUCCAGAGACUCGUCUGAGGAGAAUGGUGGUUGUUCUCUUAAUUCUGGCUCAGAACCUUACGGUAAUGCUGGCCAGCCGAUUCAGAAUAUUUCGAUGUAUUCAAAUGUGGGUUGUCCAAUCUCCUGCAUCAAAGUGCAUCCCAAUUAA